AAGCUACAUCCUCUGCCAAUAAACUGCUCGGGUGUCCCUGCUCUUUGCUUCCGGGUUGUGGCCCUCGUGAGACGCUUCAGGGGGCGUGAAAGCUGCCAAAGUUGGCAAACCUAUAUGGAAGUUGGAAGUGUCUGAAGGAUAGGAAGAAAAAGAUGGCACAAAAAGUCCUCCUAAGGCCCUUCCUGUCCUUCCCUUUCAAGCAGCUCUCAACACCACUUUGUCGCCAGCCCACAUUGCUCCUUUGGAGGUUCUCAGCUGUACCAUGUAGUAUUGGCUGCCGUAUGCCCCUUCCCUUCACUACCAUGCCUGCAAUAGUGAGAACAUUCUCCACGACUCAAGUCUUCAGGCACACCUUUAAUAUUCAAGAUGGGGAUGACUUCCAAGACCGCGUUCUAAAGAGCCAAACUCCAGUAGUGAUUGAUUUUCAUGCCCAGUGGUGUGGACCUUGCAAGAUCCUGGGCCCAAGACUGGAAAAGAUGGUGGCCAAGCACAAUGGGAAGGUGCUGAUGGCGAAAGUGGACAUUGAUGAUCACACAGAUCUGGCCCUUGAAUAUGAGGUCUCAGCAGUGCCUACAGUCCUGGCUAUGAAGAACGGCGACGUGGUGGAUAAGUUUGUGGGAAUAAAAGAUGAGGAUCAGCUGGAAGCCUUCCUCAAAAAACUCAUUGGGCCCUGAGCAGCCAAGGACAACUCUUAUUAAGAGCUCCAAGACCUCUUGCAUUUUUUCCUGUUAAAAAAUAUGUAUUUCUGCCCCCCCUUGGAGGAAAAUGAGGGGAAAUGGAACAACUUUUAGGAGCUAGAGUAGGGUCUGAUUUUUGAGGGACUGAACAGUACCAUUUCCCACUUCCAUCACCUUAUGUCUAAGCUUUGUAGGAAAGCUGAUCAGGGAAUAAUAGAACCCUGUACUACCAAAAAACUGAUAGCAAGAAAUGUGGGACUCCUAUCAAUAGAGUGAGAAGGCUUUGCAACAGGCUCUCCACCUCAUGUCUUGUGUCCUCUCUCACUUCCCUCAAUGGUCCAGUAAAGUUUUCAAUCUGUACAGCUCUUUAGUUCCUGCCUCAAAUCUUUCUGCUGCUAUUUAUAAAGUGAAUAAAGAGGAACAUUAUUUGGAGACUUUU